AUGAAGAUGCUAGAACUUUUUCAAAAGGUGGACCAGAUUGAGGUUGACAGAAAUGUUCCUGUUACUGGUAUUAAAAACAUAAGAGUUAUAGUUUCAUCAACAGCGAACUUGACAAACUCUUCAUCAAUUGUUUUUCCAACUUCAACUGGUGAGAAAAUUAAAAUCAAUACAUUUAUACCUCAACAAGACGAAAUUGAAAAAUGCUCAUUGAAUGAAAGUUAUUGCAUCAAAAUUGAUAAUUAUCCAAGAGAAGAUUUAUCAAAUCUUUUUAGAACCAGCAAGUUUGUGUUAAAUCCUUAUUAUGAUAUAGAUGCUAUGAAUGAGAUAAAUGAUUUUGAAACAAGAAUAUCAGAUGAUUCACUUGAAUCAUACUGUGAGUCAAAAACAGAAGUAAUAUUUCCAGAAGCCGGUCUUACAACAAAAAACGAAUGGCGUUAUAUUGUACAAACUCCAGAAAAUAAUAACAAUGACACUUUCAUUAAACAAGGAAUUCUAGUGGAGAAAUGCAUUGACACUAGUGUUCCGUGCAAAUUUGAUGAUACUUUACCAUUAGGAUUCGUUUCAACAUGUAUACAAAAAUAUAUUAUCAAAAGAUUAAUAUCCAUUGAAGGUUCACAUCAUUUUUACUAUGAUACUUUUAAAAUGCCAUCUUGUUGUCAGUGUAAGUAUAGUAGAAUUGAAGAUUAA